AUGGGUAUUCCGGGCGAUGGGAACAUCACCACUAAAGCCCAACUAACACAGAUUGUCACCAGCAUCAUUUACACUUGCAGUGUUGGGCACGGCUCGGCCAACUUUCCCCAGUAUGAAGAGUACGGCUUCCCUCCCAAGUACCCGGCAAUGAUGAAAGGCAAACCGCCAAUCAGUGCGACUGUGGAGAUAACGGAGAAGGACCUGCUUGAGAGCCUGACCGAUAGAAGCCAGAUGCUGAACGUCAUGAGCAUCAUGAAGAUCCUCAGCACCAAGGGCACCAACAGUCUCGGGGACUUUGAGGUGCAGUAUAUCUUUGAUCCUGCAGCUGUAGACAUCGUCAACAGGUAUAUUCCGCAAGAGGUUCAACGCAUUGGUAAGAUAAUCGAUGAGAGAAACCAACACAGAGGCAACUUGUACGAGUAUAUACAUCCAAGAAUUAUCCCCAACAGCAUCAGCAUCUAG